AUCUUUGCACAAUUGACACCCGUCGCCUGACCGAACGUGCUCAAUCCUUCUCAAUCUACCCUCGUUACCUACCGUCCAUCACUGCCUUUCAAUCGUUAUUCCUCGGCAUGUGCGACUAUACUCAAGUGCAGUACAAGUGCUCCCACCUCCGCUACAUUGUCCGAGCAUGGUGUACAAAGUACCAAGAAACCCACAAACGCUGCCCAGUCAAUGUCAUUGCCAUAGAAUACAGACAAGAAGACUGCGGUAUGUCUGGCAGACGUCAAAUUCUCGGCUAUCAUGACUUUGUUACUGACAUACCAAGGCGACUGCAAACAUCAUUCUGCUGGCAGAAUGUAUGUAAGAUGAGGACGAUUCCGUGAGAGCUUCAUUGCUGUCUGUCGGCUUGUCGUUUGUAAAAUGGAUUUCGGAGUACGGCGCACUUGGACACGGUGCAAGGAACAAAAUA